CAAAAGCCGCAGCCAAUCAGCUGGGACCAUAUGCCAACAUGACGUCUGCCUUUCGGUGGAAAUGUGUAGCGCUCCUCUUUUGUACUUGUUUGUUUCAUUCUUUAGCGGCCGACAGUAAAGAUAAACCUAAGAAAAAGAAGGACAUAAGAGAUUACAAUGAUGCAGAUAUGGCUCGUCUUCUUGAGCAGUGGGAGAAAGAUGAUGACAUUGAGGAGGGUGAUCUUCCAGAGCACCGGCGAGCUCCUCCUCCUAUUGACUUUUCCAAGGUUGACCAGUCCAAACCUGAGGAUCUGCUGAAAAUGUCCAAGAAGGGUCGCACGCUGAUGGUCUUUGCUACAGUGUCAGGGGAACCCACUGAGAAGGAGACGGAGGAGAUCACAGGCCUGUGGCAGGGCAGCCUCUUCAAUGCAAACUAUGACAUCCAAAGGUUUGUGGUGGGGUCCAAUAGGGUGAUAUUCAUGUUGCGAGAUGGCAGCUUAGCCUGGGAAGUCAAAGAUUUCCUGCUGACCCAGGAGCGCUGCUUGGACGUCACGGUUGAAGGACAGGUCUUCCCUGGGAAGGCUGCCAAGAAAGACGACGGCAAGCAGGGGGAUGAAGUGACCGCCAAGAAGAAGAGCAAAAAGAAGACGGAGAGCGCCAAGCUAGAUUUGGAAGGUAACAGAGCCAGCCGUGGGAAACAGGAGCUAUGAUAGAAUGGCAGUCGGCUUUUGAUUUGUCUGAGAGGCUGCAGGACCACAGGAGUAGGUCUCAGUUCGAGGUCGUUUAUUGUUGAACGAAUAAAUCAUUUCGGGAUUAAUUUCUUUGGAUGCUGAGAACUCCCAUUUAUGAUCUGUUCACUGCGUUGUUAAAAACAGCUUGUACAUUUCUCAAUUUCACUUCAUGAAAAUAAAUGUUUUUUUUUAAUA